AUGUCUGGCUUAAACAAAACGCCUAGUAGUCAACCACAAAAACCAGGUGACCGGCAACAGCCGGUCUCGUCACGGCCUGAAUCCCCUGAUCGCUUCUUUUCUCCUGAUUUUUUGUUGUCUAGUCCUACUAUACCCCCUUCGGUGGGAUUUCCGGUUUCAUUGCGCCCACACGACUGUCCGGAUCUAGAGAACUUGGCUGCACACCGGCAAGAGUUGAAUACGCGAGUAGAGGGGAGUCCUACGAGUGAAAAUUUGAGCAGUGAGGAUUUACUAGAUAGCUACGAUGCGCCAAGACCUUCACCGAGAGGGAUGGCCUCCGCUCUGCAACGGGUAGAAGAAGCGGAAGAAAUUGAAACAGAUGCGGACAACAGACUGAGGGUUGCUUACAAUGAUAUCGAGACAGUGGGAGACAAUGUCUCGAAGAGCAUGAACUCGCGUACGUUGCAAGAAGAAUACGAUCGAAAGUCGAAGGAUUUGAACAAUGAGAUAGAUGGGUCAAAUCAAACAGAGAAAGUAUCACUGGUUUCAUCCGGGGGAAGAGAUACACUCACGCCGCAAGCAUAG